AUGUGGAGAGAGACAGUGUGCAUUGUGGUUGUGUGGGUCAUACGGAGGUGGCUGAUGCAGAGAGGGUCUCUAUGUUUGCGGAGAUGUGGCUAUGACCCAACAAGGGCACCAUUGUGGUUGGUGACAGUGACCAGUUAUGCACGGUGGCUGGUCGGUGGUGACAUUAUGUAUGGCGUGGAUUCGAAUCUGUAUGUGUCGGUCUCGAGGUUGUAUGAAUUAAUGGUGAUUUGUUUUGACAAGUUUGGCUUAUGUGAUAUAAAUGUGAAAGGGAUGUUAAGGUACUUUAGUUCCUACACCUGCGUUCCUACACCUGCGUUCAAUGAGAUGUAUGAAGAGUACUUUAGUUCUGUCAAGAACACGGAAGUGCCAAGAUCAGGGAUUGGUAUAUCGGAGAAUCACAAUGAGAUGUAUCAUGGAGUUGAUUCUGGUUGGAAGCAUGAUGAACAGAUAUGGGAGGCGGCAGGUUCACUUCCUCCUGCUCAUUGUUAUUUUUUCCACCAGGAUUCAAGAAUUCAAAAUUUGGUACGAAGUCGCCUGUGUAAUUUUUCUCCAUUAGGUGUUAAUGGAGCGAAUCAGCAACAAAAUGUCUCUCACAUUGAUUACAUGGGACAAUUUGAUAAUGGAGGAGCUUCUAAAACGCCAGGAGUUCCUAGAGGACGUGUUAAUGGCUCAACAAGCAGAAGAAGCAAAUCAGUUGAUUUGAAUGUUCAAGAAACCUUUAAUGCUUCUGAAGGUUGGGUGGAUCCCAAAAUCAGCGGCACUAUGCCGAAAGAUGCAGGUAGAAGACGCGUCCAAGCAAGUGGUCAAUCUGCUGGUCAAUCUACUGGUCAUUGGUUUACAGGAUCCGAUGGAAGAAAGACAUUGCAACAACUUAAACAAAGAAAAUUAAAUCUCACUGCUCCUGCAAGCCCCGGUGCAUUUGGCCGGAUUGCAAAACUGCGCAAUUUUGGCCUUGUUGCUCAAAUCAAGAGGAUGGCCAGUGACCCUUGCAUGGAUGUUAAGCUUCGAGCACGAGUUGCACUUGGGCAGAUUAUUUCUUUUGCUUCCAAAACGGUGCAUCAAUUUGCUUUUAUUUUUUUCAACCAGUCAGAGCAGUGUAAAUCUUUUCAAUUUUCUAAAUGA